UUUCCUGCCUUCGACUGAAACAGCAGCAUCUUCUAAGCCCUGGGGGCUUCCCCGGGCCCCAGCCCCGGCCUAGAACCCGCCCGCCGCCUGCCACGCUGCCACUGCCGCUUCCUCUAUAAAGGGACCCAGGCGUCCUGGCCCAGGGGCCCUGCACAGCAGGUUCUCCCCAUGACACCAUCUGGACGUCUCUACCUCCUGAGGGUGUGCGGCGCCCCCCUCCUCCUCCUUCUGGGGUUGCUGCUGGCCCUGCCGCCUGAGGCCCAGGGGCUCCCUGGUGUUGGCCUGUCACCCUCAGCUGCCCGGACUGCCCAUCAGCACCCCCAGAAGCACUUCACCCAAGACACUCUCAAACCUGCUGCUCACCUUGUUGGAGACCCCAGCACCCAGAACUCCUUGCGCUGGAGAGCAAACACAGAUCGUGCCUUCCUCCGCCAUGGCUUCUCUUUGAGCAACAAUUCCCUCCUGGUCCCCACCAGUGGCCUCUACUUCGUCUACUCCCAGGUGGUCUUCUCUGGGGAAGGCUGCUUCCCUAAGGCCACCCCAACCCCUCUCUACCUGGCUCACGAGGUCCAGCUCUUCUCUUCCCAGUACCCCUUCCACGUGCCUCUCCUCAGCGCUCAGAAGUCCGUGUGCCCAGGGCCACAGGGACCUUGGGUGCGCUCAGUGUACCAGGGGGCUGUGUUCCUGCUCACCCAGGGAGACCAGCUAUCCACUCACACAGAUGGCAUCCCUCACCUACUCCUUAGUCCCAGUAGUGUCUUCUUUGGGGCCUUUGCUCUGUAGAAAAAUCCAGAAAGAAAAAAAUUAGUUUCAAGUCCUUCUCCCCAUUUUGCCUCCAUUCUGACCAUUUCAGGGUCACCACAUCUCUCCUUUGACCAUUCCAACAGUCUCAAACCUUCCCCACUCACAUCACCUGGAGCUUCCAAAGAAGGAAUUCUAGGCACCCCAGGGGACCACACUUCCCUGAACCACCCCAGAUGCUCGGCUGAGGAUUUUAAGCCUGCCUAGAAUUCCCACCCAGAACUCUUCACCUGUCCUACCAGUCUAGGGGGGCCUAGUCCUAGACAUGGAGGGGGAAAGGACACGUGGGGGAGUUUGGGUGGAUGGCUGGAGGCAGGGAGGGGGGAUUAUUUAUGAAGGGAAAAAUUAAAUUAUUUAUUUAUGGAGGAUGGAGAGAAGGGAAUAAUAGAGGGAUAUCAAGAAGAGAGAGAUAAAUAUGCCCAAUAGAUGAAGAGAGGGCAUCAGCACAAGGAUGACCUAGCAAGAGAGAAAUAAAGUGGGUCUGAGGGACUAAGGGGCUCUAGAAGGAAGCGAAAGGCUCUUAAGAGCCAGUCAUUGCUUGACUAGACACCCCAUGAGGAGACAUCUGCACCCUCAAUGAAGCCCAAUAAACCUCCUUUCUCUGAAA